AACCGGAACGUUACUCUGGCAUAUGCAAUGCCAGGGGGUCAAACUCAGGACCUCAUGCCCGCAAGCUGGAGUUUCUGCCCACUGUGCCGCCUUCCGGGCUGCUGUCCCAGCCAUCUUCCUCCUGCAAGAAAUCACUUGAGAGCUGUCCGCCAAGCAGAGAAGUCGGUGCUGAGGCUUCUGCUUCUGGCUCUCUCCCUGUUUGCCUGCACCUAGUGUUCUGGGGGCUUUAGCCUUCCAUCUCCUUAUCCUGUGGGUCUCAUUCACUGCUGCCUUCUCCACCCCUCAUCUGAAGAACUCAGUUUACCAAGGUCCCAAGCUCUCCUGAUGAAAUGUGUUCUGCCCCACUGGGCUCCGGGGGCAGUGUCUGGCGCUGUUGAUGCCCUUGUUCGAACUUUCCAGAAUGGAUAGUCCCCCAAAGCUGACGGGAGAGACCCUCAUCGUUCACCACAUCCCCCUGGUACACUGUCAGGUCCCAGACAGACAGUGUUGUGGAGGGGCGAGUGGGGGUAAUGGGGGUACAAGGCCCAACCCCUUCUGCCCACCUGAACUGGGUGUCAACCAUCCUGAUCAAGACCUAGGACAAGCCGACUCCCUGCUCUACAACAGUCUGCACUCGGCUGCAGGGGGGUCUACGCGGUCCACAGACAGCGCCAAGAGCAGAGGUCGGGAUGGAAGAGGCCCCGGAGUCCCCAGAAGGCACAAUCCCUUCUUGCUGCAAGAGGGUGUUUCUGAACCAGGACUCAGUGACCUCUAUGAUGAUAGCAUCGGCGGCAAUGCCUCUCAGCAAUCCUUCCACCUGCACGGCACUGGCCAGCCCACCUUCCAUCUAUCUUCUUUCCAGUUGCCACCACCUGGCCCCAGGGUGGGCAGGUCCUGGGGGGCAGCACGCAGCCGGGCUGGAGUGGUGGAGGGGCAGGAGCAGGAGCUGGUGCCCGCCACGGAAUCCCAGCAGUGCAGCACUAACCACUGCUUCCGGCCAGAGCAGGAAGCAGAGAGCAUGGAGCUAGACGUGGAGUGUGUGGGACCUGCUGGGAGUGGCAGCGGGGGUGGAGCCAGUGAUAACUCUGGCUUUUCCUUUGAGCAGGAGUGGAAACUCAGCUCAGAUGAAUCCCCCAGGAACCCCAGGUGCUCAGGCCUGGGACCCCAGCACUGCCGCUGUAGUAGCACAUCUAGCCAGUCGGAGGCGGCCGACCAGUCCAUGGGGUAUGUGAGUGACUCCUCCUGCAACAGCUCUGAUGGUGUGCUGGUCACCUUCAGCACCCUCUACAAUAAGAUGCAUGGCACCUCCCAUGCCAAUCUCAACUCCGCCCCACAGUCUUGCAGCGACUCCUUCUGCAGCCACUCAGACCCCGGCGCCUUCUAUUUGGACCUGCAACCCUCCCCAGCUGAGUCAAAGAUGUCUUGUGAGUCCCACCACCCUGACAGUGGGGGAAGGGAAGGGGGUUACAGUUGCCCUCAUGCCUCAUCCCCUGAGCUCGAUGCCAACUGCAACUCCUACCGCCCUCACUGUGAGCCCUGCCCGGCUGUGGCUGACCUCACAGCCUGCUUCCAGAGCCAGGCCCGUCUUGUUGUGGCCACACAGAACUACUACAAACUUGUCACCUGUGACCUGUCCUCCCAGUCAUCCCCAAGCCCAGCUGGCUCCUCCAUCACUAGCUGCUCUGAGGAACACACCAAGAUAAGUCCUACUCCAGGCCCUGGCCCAGACCUAGGCCCUAGCCAGCCCUCUGAGUAUUACCUGUUCCAGAAGCCAGAAGCCCAACCAGAGGAACAAGAAGCAGUGGGCCCAGCAGCUGAAGCAGCAGCUCCUGUGAGCCCUACAGUGAUUGAGGGACAGGUGUACACGAACACUUCACCCCCCAGCCUUAGCACUGGACGUCAGCGCUCGCGAAGCUAUGACCGCAGCCUUGAGCGCAGCCCCUCUGUCCGCCUGGGCUCCCUGGAGCGCAUGUUGAGCUGCCCCGUGCGCCUGAGCGAAGGUCCCGCAGCCCUGGCUGCGCCCAGCUCCCCACCCAGGCGGGUCACCUCCUUUGCCGAGCUCGCCAAGGGUAGGAAGAAAGCUGCAGGCUCUGGAUCCCCCCCACUGCGAGUGAGCGUUGGCGAUUCCUCCCAGGAGUUCUCACCCAUCCAAGAAGCCCAGCGCGACAGAAUGGACCCACAGGACGAGGGCUCUCACUGUAGCCAUAGCCUACCACCCAUGCCUUUGGGGCCAGGCCUGGACCUCAUUGGCUCAGAACCCUGGUCCACCCAGGGCUGUCAGGGUCCCCAGUCCCUGGAGAUGCCACCCGCUGGCCUCAGAGUUGCUGGACAAGGCCCCCUGGCUCAGCUGAUAGAUCGGGGGUCUGCUCUCCCAGGAAGUCCGUCCAACAGCCAUACCCAGAGGGAUGCGAGAGCUAGAGCUGACGGGGGUGGUGCUGAGAGCCGACCAGUCCUUCGUUACAGCAAGGAGCAGAGGCCAACCACACUGCCCAUCCAGCCCUUCGUGUUCCAGCACCACUUCCCCAAGCAGCUGGCCAAGGCCCGGGCCCUCCACAGCUUGUCACAGCUCUACAGCCUGUCGGGCUGCGGCCGUGCCCAGCAGCCUGUGCCCCUGGCUGCUCAGGUCCCAGCCGCAGCUCCUCCGGGGGAAUCCCAGACUUCCACCGACUGUGGUGCCAGGAGAGCUGGGCCUGAGCCAGAAACUUCACGGCCAUCGCCCCUAGGCAGCUACUCCCCCAUCCGGAGCACUGGCCCCUUCGGCCACAGCACCGACUCUUCUGCCUCCACCUUGCGCUCCCCUCCCCCUGAGCAGUCGGCAGCCACAGGACACCUGUCUCCAUGGAGCCACUCCUGCCCUGUGGCUGUCCAGCCAGCCGCCUCCCAGCAGCCGCUGCAGGAGGACCAGAAGAUACCGACCUUGGCUGAGUACCGACUUCAUGGGCCAGGAAGCUUGCCUCCUCUGGGCUCCUGGAGAUCAAACCUCAGCCGCACAGAGAGCCUGGCCCGGGGAGGCGGCGAGGACAGCAUGGCCUGCAGGCCCAGUAAUGCCAACCACCUCUCCCCUCAAGCACUCAAGUGGCGGGAAUACAGGAGGAAGAACCCACUAGGGCCACCCGGCUCAUCAGGGAGCCUAGACCGACGGCCACAAGAAGCUCGGCUGGCCCGAAGGAACCCCAUCUCUGAGUUCCCUGGCUCCCUCAGUGCUGCUGGCCAUCAGAACUGCCGGCUGGAUGGGCAACUAAUGAAGCCGUUACCACUGACCUGCCCUGACUUCCAAGACCCCUUCUCCUUGACAGAGAAGCCUCCAGCUGAGUUUUGUCUGUCCCCAGAUGGCAGCUCAGAGACCAUUUCCAUUGACCUGCUUCAGAAGAAAGGACUGGUCAAAGCUGUCAACACUGCUGUGGACCUCAUCGUGGCCCAUUUCAGCACAAGUCGGGAUCCUGGAGUGAAGGCAAAGCUGGGGAACAGUUCUGUGAGCCCCAACGUAGGCCACCUGGUUCUAAAGUACUUGUGCCCAGCGGUCCAGGCUGUGCUGGAGGACGGGCUCAAGGCCUUCGUGCUAGACGUCAUCAUUGGGCAACGCAAGAAUAUGCCGUGGAGUGUGGUGGAGGCCUCCACACAGCUAGGCCCAUCCACCAAGGUCCUGCACGGGCUCUACAACAAAGUCAGCCAGUUCCCAGAGCUCACCAGCCACACCAUGCGCUUCAACGCCUUCAUCCUCGGCCUGCUCAACAUCCGGUCCCUGGAGUUCUGGUUCAGUCACCUCUAUAACCAUGAAGACAUCAUCCAGACCCACUACCAGCCGUGGGGCUUCCUGAGUGCGGCGCAUACCGUGUGCCCCGGCCUCUUUGAGGAGCUGCUGCUGCUACUGCAGCCCCUGGCCCUGCUGCCCUUCAGCCUGGACCUGCUGUUCCAGCACCGGCUGCUGCAGAGCGGGCAGCAACAGCGGCAGCACAAGGAGCUGCUGCGGGAGUCCCAGGACCUGCUGCUGUCGGCCCACUCCACGCUGCAGCUGGCCCGCUCCCGGGGCCAGGAGGGCCCUGGAGACACGGACAGGGCAGCCCGUGGGGAGCGGGUGAAGGGUGUGGGGGCCCCAGAAGGUGGCGAAGAUGAGGAGGAGACAGAAAGCGUGGCAGAGGCUGCUGGGAGCUCAGGGCGAGGCAGGUGGGCCCUGGGCGGCCAGGCUGGCUGGUGGUACCAGCUCAUGCAGAGCUCCCAGGUCUACAUCGACGGCUCCGCGGAGGGCACUAGGUUCCCCCGUGGUGGCAGCAGCAGCAGCACCAGCAGCUGCGAGAAAAGGAAAGGGGCAGGAGGAGGGGGCCCACCUCCCCGGGAGGGAGUCGUGGAGGGAGCUGAAGCCUGCCCCGCCCCCGAGGAGUCCCUUGGCAGAGACAGGGGCUGGCCCUUCUGGAUGGGAAGCCCCCCUGACUCUGUGCUGGCGGAGCUGAGGCGCAGUCGGGAAAAGGAGGCGCCCACCAACCCCCCAGCAGAAAAUGAGGAAGCUACCUCAGAACCCUCGCCUGGGGGCAUCAGAUGGGGACACCUCUUUGGGUCCCGCAAGGCUCCAAAGGAGGCCCGACCCACAAACAGGCUCCCCUCAGACUGGCUGAGCCUGGACAAGUCCGUGUUCCAGCGUGUGGCACAGACGGUGGGUGCCCGCAGGGAGCCUGAGCCCAAGGAGAGUCCGCAGGAGCCGAGCUCCCCAGCCCUGCCCAAGCCUCCGAGUGAGGUGAAGGCGCUGUGCCACCAUCUGGCCACCGGCCCCGGACAGCUGAGCUUCCACAAAGGAGACAUCCUGCGGGUGCUGGGGUCCUCUGGGGGAGACUGGCUGCGCUGUAGUCGUGGCCCUGACACCGGCCUGGUGCCUCUGGCCUAUGUGACCUUGACCCCAACUCCAAGCUCAGCCCUUGGAAGCAGCCACAACUGAGGUCCUCUGCAUGCUGGUGGCCUCGGGGACCGUCGUAUCCCCCAGACUCAGUCUGAGAGCCCUCCCUAGGCCCUCCGGCUUGGCUCCAGAGAGCAGUGAGAUAUGGGGGCCACAUAUCCCUGUGCUCAGUAUUAAUUACUACCCCCUAACUGUCCCAGUGACCUCGUCCCGCCCUCCACCCAGGAAAGUGAGGAGGGACACAGCUGUCGGGCUGCCGGCAUUUCCCGGCCCGGCCCAGCCGGCCCUGUGGAGGGAGGUGGCCAGAAGGCCCAUCUGUGGGUUCCCUGGACCCGUGAGAAGGAUGGAUGACAGUAUUGGGGCCAGGUCCCUAUGCUCUAUGCUGUAAAUAGGCUGUGACCAGCGCCUGGUGGUCAGAGAAGGAAGGAGAAGCCCAGGCUGCUGUUCAUGUAUUUAUUUAUUUAUUUAUUACACCUAUUAAUAAAAAAGGUGCUCAGCCUCCAAA